CUCAAGAGGACUCUCCCAGGUUUUCCUGACCCCCCUACAUCGCUGUAAAGUGCCAAGACCUUAAGACUUGGUUUUAUUUUAGUGACUGUACAUAUGCCUUGUUUCCUGGGUCCACAGGAGGCAUGAGUCUGUGGGGACUUGGGACAAGAAGAAAACAAGACUUCUUCACAAGGAAAACCAGACACUAACAAAAAGAAGCCCAAGGUCUGAAGAGAGAGAACGCAACCAUGGCGGACAGAGGACUCGGGGACCCGCCGGAGGAUGCUCAAAAGGAUUUGGAAAAUGACCCAUCAAUAAAUUCGCAGGCACAGGAGACCACAGUCACAGCAAGUACCACCAAAGCAGCUCAGGUCCUGAGCCCUGCCUCUGGUCUCAGCAAGGACCACCAAGAAGUAGAAACAAUAGGUUCAGGAAGUGCAGAAACAAGUGAUCAAUCAGAAAGUCCAGAUGAAGCAAGUUAUGGGAACUAUCCAAAGGAUAAAACAGAACCCGAGACCAACCAGAGUUUUCAGGAUGGCAAACUAGGGCCUCAACUCUCCUCAAAAAGUCUGAGUAAAGAAUCCUUGCAACCUGCAAGUCUGGGUGAGGAAUCCUUGCAUCCUGAAAGUGUGGGUGAGGAAUCCUUGCAUCCUGAAAGUGUGGGUGAAGAAUCCUUGCAUCCUGAAAGUCUGGGUGAGGAAUCCUUGCAUCUAGAACCCAGCUGUUGUCCAAGUGAAGAGGUAGGAAGAGCAGAAGCACAAUUAGGGAGCAGCUCCGUAGACCUCCCUGAGGAAGCAAGCGACAGACCUGACGCUUCACAGGAGCCACUUGCUGUAGACCCCCAGGGUGUCCAGGGUCCUGGUCAUUCCGGUGCCGGGCCGGAGAGCCAGGGUGCACUGAGGAGGCGACUGGUGGAACCAGAAGCUGAAAGUCAUCAACAGGAAAUACAAACAUCAGAAGAAAAGAAAGAGGAUGCACAGGACGCCAUAAGAAAGAGCAAUAAAAAGGAUUUUUGGAGCUAUGGCUCCAUCCUUCUUGGCUUCCUGGUGACCCUGGUUCUGCUAAGCUCUGCCCAAAGCUACUAUUCCUCCCCAGCUCGGCAGGUGCCCAGAAACCCCGCGCUGGAAGCCUUCCUGGCGCAGUUCAGCCAGCUCGAGGACACGUUCCCGGGCCAGAGCGCUUUUCUGUGGCAGCGGGGACGCAAGUUUCUCCAGAAGCACCUCAAUGCCUCUCACCCCACCGAGCCGGCCACCGUCAUCUUCACCGCCGCUCGCGAGGGGAGAGAGACCCUGCGCUGCCUCAGCCACCGCGUGGCGGAUGCCUACACCGCUGCCCAGAGAGUCUCUGCCGUUCAGAUCGACGGGGCGGGGAGAGCCUGGGAGGACAGCGACACGGUCAAGCUGUUGGUGGACCUGGAGCUGAGCUCCGGAUUCGAGGGCGGCAAGAAGGCGGCCGUGGUGCACCGCUUCGAGUCCCUCCCCGCAGGCUCCACCCUCAUCUUCUACAAGUACUGCGACCACGAGAACGCGGCCUUCAAGGACGUGGCCCUGGUGCUGACCGUCCUCCUGGAGGAGGACACCUUAGCCGCCAGUGUGGGCCCCAGGGAGACGGAGGAGAAAGUGAGAGAUCUGCUCUGGGCCCGCUUCACCAACGCCAACACUCCCAGCUCCUUCAACCACAUGGACUCGGACAAGCUGAGCGGCCUGUGGAGCCGCAUCUCUCACCUGGUGCUGCCCGUCCAGCCCGUGAGGGCCAUCGAGGAGCAGGGGUGCGGGCUCUGAGCCGCGGCAGCGGGCCGUGGAGGCGAGGGGUUUAUGAAAGGCAGUUGAAAGGCCUUCCCUUCCCUGUCCGUGGAAGGAAUGUGAGGAGAUCGCCUGAGAAGUACAAAGAUCGGUUCCUGUCCUGGGAAAUGACCGCCCACUUCCCUCAUUGGGGCUCAUAAGCUAAAUUUGCCGCUGGCUAAGAGCACUUACCUGAAUGAGAAAGAACGCUUUGGACCUGGGAAGCGGCAGGCCGAGUGACGUCAAGGCAGGGGAGAGUUGGCAAGACCUUAGGAACGAUGAUCUCCAUCUUCCCUUCCCCGAGGCCACGCUGGGCCGCAGCCUCAUCAGCACGAAGCUUAGGCAGCUGCUCCUCGUUGAUCACAUGACGCGAGAUGUAAACCUAUUCGCCAUCCCUGUCAUCAAAUGAAGAAGAGCACGUUGACUUUCAAACACAACUGCAUUUUGCUUUUUUUCUAUUUAACAAAAAAGAAUGGGCUUUGCCACUGUUCGUGUCAAGGGUCUUGGUGUUCCCUUCAUUCCUCGCUGUGACUGCUUUUGCGUUUGUUUCUUACGGAUGUUGAAGAAUGUGCCUUAUUCAAAUCAGUCGUCUGGUUUUACCAAAAAUAAAGGUCCUUCCUUUU